AUGACGAUGCAGACCAUGCAGAUCAGGGGCAUGCCUUCUGCCAGGCCCAGCAUCAACUUGGAUGAUGGAGACUCUUCACCAGGCAUAGGCCGCGAGGAUACCCUGACCCUGAUGACGGCCAGAAGCAUGAAAAGCGGCAGGCUAACACAUCGGUCGAGCACAUGGAAGAGCGGACAAAGUGUCGUGUCCCGGGAAGACAAGCGCAAGGUGCUUGUGAAGGACUUUUUGGAAACCAAUGGGUUUAUGCACGUCAACGAGGCAAAGCGCUCGUGGGGCAUGACUAGCUAUCCAUUGCAUGCCGCAGUGCAUCAGAAGAAUGCCGCAGUGGUCAAGGCACUAUUGCAGCUCGGUGCACGUCCUGACGUCAAAUACCGGGGCCAAACUCCAGAGGAGUACGCCCAACGGAAGAAUCAGCGUUGGGGCGGCUAUGAAGAGGUGCUCAGCAUUUUUGAAGUGGUGAUCCCCAAGACGACUGGGAGUCAUGAGGAUGGCGAAGCAAGCUCUGAGAACAGCACUGUUCUUCCAGAUGAUGAUUAG